AUAAACUCUUUUUUACGGAUUUACUUCAAACUCUUGAUCCGUAUGAUUUCACCCAGUACUGACAACAUGCACAUCAACAGCGAAACAUCGACGGUCAACGGGACCAGUCACACCGCAUACGGGAAGAAUGUUGUCGCAGAGCUCAAGAAGGAGGAGAAAGAAGAAGCGAAGGCAGUGCAAAAGCUGUCGAAGGAACAUGAUAUUGUGUUGAAAACCUUCAGAAUUCUGAUUGCCGACCUAUGCCAGCAGUUCGGUGGUGGCCAUCCUGGAGGAGCCAUUGGCAUGGCCGCGAUUGGCGUGGCUUUGUGGAAGUACGUGAUGCGAUACGCGCCUCAUACACCAGAUUAUUUCAAUCGCGAUCGAUUCGUCCUGUCAAAUGGUCACACAUGCCUGUUCCAAUAUACUUUCCUGCAUCUUACCGGAUACAAGGACAUGACUUUGGAUCAGUUGAAGUCCUACCACUCCGAACGUGUUGACGCUAUUUGUCCAGGUCAUCCAGAGAUCGAGAUCGAGGGAAUCGAGGUUACCACAGGCCCGCUUGGCCAAGGUAUCGCAAACGCUGUUGGGCUUGCCAUGGCUACGAAAAACCUCCAAGCCACAUACAAUACGCCCGACUUCGACGUCGUUUCGAACCACACAUGGUGCAUGAUUGGCGACGCAUGUCUACAAGAAGGUGUAGCUUUGGAGGCUAUAUCGUACGCAGGCCACCUGAAGCUGAACAAUCUAACCGUUAUAUACGACAACAACCAGAUCACUUGCGACGGCAGUGUGGAUUUGACGAACACGGAAGAUGUGAACACAAAGAUGAGGGCUUGUAACUGGAAUGUUAUAGACAUUGAGGAUGGCUGCUUUGAUAUUGAGGCGAUAGUCGAUGCGCUCAACCAAGCAAGAGCAUCUACCGAUAAACCGACUUUCAUCAACAUACGGACAGUCAUUGGACUCGGGAGCAAAGUCGCAGGUGAUGCCGCUGCACACGGCGCUGCUUUCGGUACCGAGGACGUUGCAAACAUUAAGCGAGUUUAUGGUUUCAACCCCGACGAACAUUUUGUGAUUGGGAAGGAAGUUCGUGACUUCUUUGAAAAAAUCCCAGAUCGUGGUCAACAACUAGUGCAGUCUUGGGAGAAGAAAGUCCAAGAGUACGAGUCCAAAUACCCAGAGCUUGGAGCUGAGUUCCGUCGACGUAGAGAAGGAAAAUUGCCGGACAACUGGGAAGACCUUAUACCAGCGUCCUUUCCCGAAAAACCAGUCGCAUCAAGGGCGGCGUCAGGUCUAGUGUUCAACCCAAUCGCCAAGGCAUGCAACAAUUUCAUGGUCGGUACUGCUGAUUUAUCUCCUUCGGUCAACAUGAUCUGGAAAGACAAGGUAGAUUUCCAGCCACCCGACCUUAAGACGCAGUGCGGUAUCACCGGAAACUACAGUGGGCGUUACAUCCAUUACGGCAUCCGCGAGCAUGCAAUGGCGGCCAUCUCCAACGGCCUCGCUGCGUAUGCGCCAAACACCAUCAUUCCAGUAACAUCGUCGUUCUUCAUGUUCUACCUCUAUGCGGCCCCGGCGGUACGAAUGGGUGCAUUGCAGCACCUCCAGGUAAUUCACGUUGCGACGCACGAUUCCAUUGGUACUGGCGAAGACGGCCCCACGCACCAGCCAAUCGAACUGGCAAAUCUAUAUAGGGCCAUGCCGAACAUCCUGUACAUUCGUCCAGGCGACAGUGAGGAGGUUGCAGGCGCAUGGAAAGUAGCGAUAGAAGCGAAGAACACACCAUCCAUCAUCUCCACUUCCCGUCAAGCACUCCCUCAAAUACCACAGACUCGCAGAGAUAUGGUAGCCAAGGGCGCGUAUGUUCUGGAGGAAGUCGAUGAUGCUGAUCUCACGCUCAUCGGUGUGGGUGCCGAGCUUUCAUUCGCGGUGAACGUUGCAGAAGCGCUCAAGGAAAAGAACAUCAAAGCUCGUGUCGUCAGUUUUCCCAGCUGGAGGCUAUUCGAGGCGCAGCCUUUGGAAUACAGGCGCGACGUACUCAGGAGGCAUCGUUUCCCGGCGGUGGUCAUUGAGCCGUACGCAGCUAAUGGCUGGGAGAGGUACGCCAACGCAGGCAUCAACAUGAAGCGCUUCGGACAGAGUUUGCCUUGCAAGGCUGUUUACAAGCUAUUUGGGUUUGAGACCGAGCCAAUGACCGAAAAGGUCAGUGCUUACUUGGAGAGACUCAAGAGUGACGAAAUUUUGAGAACCGAGUGGGUUGAUCUGUAG